UCCAGGCAGGGGUGUGGCUUGCCUCGAUCGUGAUGUCACUGUCAUACUCUAUUAGGUAUACACUCCUCCCCCCACUAGAACGCCAAUCCAGUGUCCACACCCCUCUCCUCCACAAUUGCCGGACUCACAUCCCACAUCCGCUAUCGACUUCGCCAUCGACAAUUCAUCACCACAAUCGAGCAUAGCAUAGCAACAGCAUGCGUCCCGAUCACCCGCCAUCACGCGAGACGCUGCUCACGGCGGCGCUCGGCCUGUGCACCGAUUUCUCGAACGGCUGUUCUCCAGAGGUGCUUCUCGCACACUUCACGCACGCGGUCCCGCCAGUGGCGAUCGAGCACGGGCUGCAAUCGCUGGCGCCGUUCAUAGGGCGGCAAUUCUUUGGCCGGGCCGAGAUAACAGAGUACUUUAAACUCCUGCAGAAGUACGUGACGUUCGAUAAGAUGUGCUUCUGCGAAUAUAUCGUCGACACAGACACCAUGAAGGUCUCGUGUAAGGGCCAUGCGAGUUUCACUUGGAAGGAGACCGGGCAGGGCUGGGAUGAGGUGUUCACGUAUACCCUCGAUUUUGUCCAUGAGGGUGGUGACGGCGAGAUCAAGGUCAGGAGGUAUCAGGUUUGGGCGGACACCGGAGCGGCAUGGUUGGCGAGUAAAGGCGAGUUGAAGGGGAAGAGUGGGGAGGAGGCAGGCGAGGAGGGCUGUAAGAAGUGCUGAGUUGGGAUGUGAUGGGGAGGUUUGUUUUGGUCUUUUCGAGAUGGAUUAAUGUUUACUUGAGUUGUGGAAAUAGCAUACAAAAAAGGAAGGCUUGAAGACAGCAUAUCAACAUCAUCAUUAUCCACCUCCAUCGACCCC